AUGAUAAUAUUUCUUCUUUUGAUAACCCAACUUCAAUUAACCAAUGCAAUGUUUCAUCAAGAAGGAGAAAUUUCAAGCUCUAGAGGAAAACAGGUUCAAAUGCAUUCAAGUCCCCAACCUUCUACCGAGUCUGGAAUUCAUUUUUCACUCGUUGAGUUGUCAAUUUUAAUUCGCGUUUUGCGCUUUAUUGACAUUGAAACGAUCAAAGGUUUCACAGACCCAACAAUUGAUUUAAAGAAUAUUAUUGAAUGGUAUUGCGACAAUGACUUUAAUACUUUACAAAUGGACAAUAAAGAUUCAAUCGGACGUAUUUAUGUUCAAUUGAAAACUAAGUUGACACAGGUGGAUUCUAUUCGUAUCUUUAAUAAAUUUUAA